AUGUCAGAGCCUGAGGAUAAGGCGGCACAGGCAGAAGGCUUCAAGCUGCGAGGCAACGAACUUCUGAACCAGAAGGAUUAUGCAGGAGCAGAAGAAUUCUACAGCAAGGCGAUCAGCCUCAACCCGCAAGUGGAGGCUUACUUCACCAACCGCUCGCUGGUCAGAACGAACCUCAGGAAGUUCGAGGAGGCGAUCGAAGAUGGCAGGGCAGCCUUGAGCAUCAACCCGCUGUCAGCCAAGGCGCAUGGCCGGAUCGGGUCGGCCUCUUUCCAAGCAGGGGACUACAAGCUCUCUGUGUCUUCGUAUCGCUCAGCUCUGGAGAUCGAU